ACGGCCGAGGUGCUCCGGGGCACCGGGGUCAUGUACCGGCACCUGGCCUUCCGCCCCGAGGAGAACUUCACCACCGCCGCCGCCGAGGCCCACGCGCAGCGCAACGCCGCGCUCGCCCACGUCGAGAAGCACCGCCUCUCCGGCGUCGUCCACUUCGCCGACGCCGCCGGCGUCUACGACACCCACUUCUUCGAGGAGAUCCGCCAGAUCGACGCCGCGCUCGCCCACGUCGAGAAGCACCGCCUCUCCGGCGUCGUCCACUUCGCCGACGCCGCCGGCGUCUACGACACCCACUUCUUCGAGGAGAUCCGCCAGAUCGAGGCGUUUGGCACAUGGCCGGUGGCAACGAUGUCCGCGGGCGAGAAGAAAGUAGUGGUUGAGGGCCCACUGUGCAGCGCCUCGAAGGUAGUCGGCUGGUUCUCGAGGAACUUCAAUGAUGGCACCACCCGUUCAGUGACAUAUAACACUGAGGUUGACUUGAAUCCUGCCGGUGCUGCUGGCACGCGAGCCCACACGAUCGAUGUAUCAGGGUUUGCGUUCAACAGUUCUAUUUUGUGGGACCCUGAGCGAUGGGGACGACCGACGUCAUUACCGGACACUUCACAGGACUCGAUCAAGUUUGUGCAAGAGGUGGUGCUGGAGGACAGGACAAAGCUGAAGGGGAUCCCCUCCGACUGCUCCCAGAUCAUGGUGUGGCAGUAUGAUGUGCCUAGUAGCCCCAACACCCCCAUAACCAAAACCAAAACCGCCACCCCGAAAACCCACCAUAGAAGAAGGUAGGGAGGAGGGCGAUGGGACUGAACAGGAGCAAAAUCAUCCGCGGAGAAGAACAGUGUCGGAAAUGGAGUUUAUGUAAGUAAAUGUGGCGUAAACAAAAAGGAAAAGGAGGAAGGUUGCUGCUUACACUGAGUUUUUUUUUCUUUCUCUCAAUUUUGUCCUUUUUCCCUUGGGGGGUCAUGAAUUGUCCUCUGGAAAUGGAAAUCGACCCCCGGGCAAUAGUAUUAUUUAUUCAGAUUAUUUUACCUGUGAUUCUUUAA